CGCAAAGCAUUAUGGGAUACAUGUUGCUGCUCAUCUCUGAGAAUCCACUGAAACAGGACCUCGUAACUUUAAACUAAAUGUCAAACAAUUGCCGAGAUGAAGAGUGUCUUUAUCCUCGCUGAUAAAGCCUGGUCUGGGUCCAGUCUGCUAUAUAAGUGGCAGAAAAGCCUUGGAAACUACAUCGCAGUUGCUGGGCAGGACAACACUGUCAAAGUGUUCGAUCGACAUGGCCACAGACAGAGUGAGCUCAACCUGCCGGGACGAUGUGUGGGAAUGGACUGGGACAAAGAUGGGGACAUUUUAGCUGUGAUUGCUGCCAAAUCCAGCUCCAUUUUUCUCUGGGAUGCCAGUGUGAAUAAAACAUCCCAAAUAGACAGUGGAAUGAGAGAUCAGAUGUCUAUCAUCUUGUGGUCAAAGACUGGACCUCUGUUGGCGGUUGGCACUGUGAAAGGGAACUUGUUGAUCUACAAUCAGCAGACAUCACGCAAGAUCCCAGUUUUGGGUAAACACACCAAAAGAAUCACCUGUGGAUGCUGGAGUGCCCAAAAUCUGCUGGCUCUGGGAAGUGAUGACAGCACUCUGAGCAUCAGUAACCAGGAGGGUGAUACAGUCAGACAGACAACUUUGCGUGGUGAGCCUGGUGAAAUACACUUUUCAGUGAUGAAGACGGAUGAAAGGUCCUCUCAAGGAGAGAGCACUGUGAGUGUCUCCGUGGAGAAGAAGAUCCUGAUGCUUUUUAGUGUCAAUGACCCUGAGAAUCGGAUUGAAUUGACCUUCCAGCGUCACUACGGAAGCAUCGUGAGCCACAGCUGGUACGGCGAUGGCUACAUCCUCAUCGGUUUCUCUCAUGGAUACUUUGUGGUCAUUUCGACACACAUCAGGGAAAUUGGGCAGGAGCUCUACCAGACACGGAAUCAUAAGGACAAUCUCACCAGUGUGGCCAUCUCAUCCGCUCUGAACAAGGCGGCCUCGUGCGGGGACAACAGUGUAAAGAUACACGAGCUGUCAGAGCUACAUAACAUCAGCAAUGUCGUCCAGUUGGAGGAUGAAACGAAAGGUCUGGACCGCCUGAGCUGGACAGAUGAUGGACAGCUGUUGGCAGUCUCCACACAAAGAGGGACGCUCCAUGUCCUGCUGACUAAGUUACCUAUUCUAGGAGAUAGCUACGGGACACGACUGGCUUUCCUCACAUCCUUGCUGGAGGUGACUGUGAUGAACCAGGUGGAAGGGGAGAGUCCUGUGACCAUUCAGGUGGAAGUUGAGCCCACUUUCAUUGCAGUGGGACCCUACCACGUGGCAGUGGGAAUGAACAACCGAGCUUGGUUCUAUGUGCUGGUCGAACAAGAGCCUGGUUUUAUCAAACUGAAGGACAUCGAGUACCUGGGGACGAUCGUCAGCAUGUGUCUGAAUUCUGACUACGCUGCAGCUUUGUUUGAAGGCAAGGUUCAGCUUCACAUGAUCGAAGGUAGAGACCAUGAGGAGAGAAAGCAGAUGAAAUUGUUUCCAGAUGACGACAGGAAAGGUCGCAUCCUUUGUCAUGCGCUGACCGCUGACUUCCUCUACUAUGGCACUGAUUCUGGUAAUGUGGUGACUGUCCUGGUUGAGGAUCUGGAGACUGUGAGCAGCUACAGUCACGAGGUGGGGGUGAGGAAAAUCUUCCCGGACCUGAACGGCACCCGGUUGGUCUUCAUCGAUGACAAGAACAGCUGUUUCUUGCUUUCACCUUCAAGUGCGUCUGAUUCCUGCUUUGAGCUUCCUAACUUCUCUCCAACCAUCACUGGAGUGCUGUGGGACAACUGGCACGCAGACAGGGGAGUGUUUGUUGCCUACGAUGAUGACAAAGUUUACACCUAUGCCCUUCACAAGACCACCAUAUAUGGCCCCCAGGUGCUGUUGGUAGGCAGCACUCCGCUCCUGUUUUCCCAGAAGCCUUUGCUGCUGUACAAUGGUGUGCUGACCUGCCAGACCGCCAGUGGAAAGACGAGCGAAGUGGUGCUGAGCACACACUCUUUUCUCAAACACCAAAGUGGCACAUCAUCAGAGUCUGCAUCAGAGCUCAGUACGCAACUGGACCUGGCGCUCAAACUGAAACGGUUCCAUGAAGCCUGUGACCUGUGUAAGUCCGGGGGAAGUGACUCGGACUGGGUGGAGCUGGGGAAAGCCUGUCUGGUCCACAUGGAGGUUGAGCUGGCCAUACAGGUGUACAGAAUGAGCGGCAACGUUGGGAUGGUGCUGUCUCUGCAGGGCAUCCAGGGGAUCGAGGACAGGAACUUGCUAUCAGGGCACUUGGCCAUGUUUCUGGGGGACUACAACCUGGCCCAGGACCUCUACCUCUCCUCCAGCAGCCCCAUUGCAGCGCUGAGGAUGAGGAGAGACCUGCUACACUGGGACAGUGCUCUCAAGUUAGCCAAGAGUCUAGCAGAGGACCAGAUUCCUUUUAUUUCCAAAGAAUACGCCAUCCAUCUGGAGUUCAUAGGAGACUAUGUGAACGCGCUCGCUCACUACGAGAAAGGCAUGACACAUAAUAAUAAAUUCCAGGAGCAUGAUGAGGCGUGUCAGGCUGGCGUAGCCAGAAUGUCCAUCAGGAUGGGCGACGUCAGACGAGGCGCCACGCAGGCCAUCAAGCACCCGAGCAGAAUCCUGAAGAAAGAAUGUGGAGCCAUUCUGGAGAGCAUGAAGCAAUUUUCAGAGGCUGCGCAGCUUUAUGAAAAAGGACAGUACUACGACAAAGCCGCGUCUGUUUACAUUCGCUGCAAGAACUGGACCAAAGUGGGAGAGUUGCUGCCUCACGUCUCCUCCUCGAAAAUCCACCUGCAGUAUGCGAAAGCCAAGGAGGCGGAUGGGAAGUACAAGGAAGCAGCGCAGGCCUAUCAGAGCGCACAGGACUGGGAUAAUGUCAUCCGGGUUCUUCUGGACCAUUUGAACAAUCCAGAAGACGCGGUACGCAUCGUCCGCGACACGCAGAGCAUUGAUGGAGCCAAGAUGGUCGCCAGGUUCUUCCUCUCACUGAAUGACUACGGUUCUGCCAUCCACUUCCUGGUCUUGUCUCAGUGCAACGAUGAGGCCUUUCAGCUGGCUCAGCAGCAUGGACAGAUGGAGGUCUACGCCGACAUCAUUGGUGCUGAGGCCACUCAGGAGGACUACCAGAGCAUCGCUCUCUACUUUGAAGCUGAGAAGAAACACUUGCAGGCUGGGAAGUUCUUUAGGAAGUGUGGACAGUUCAGCAGAGCUCUGAAACACUUCAUGAAGUGCCCAAACUCAGAGGACAACAUGGCUGUGGAGAUGGCCAUCGAGGCGGUGGGUCAGGCUAAGGACGCCUCGCUGACCAAUCAGUUCAUCGAUUACCUCCUGGGAGAGAGUGACGGGGUCCCCAAGGAUCCCAAAUAUCUCUUCCGCCUCUACAUGGCGCUGCAGCAGUACAGAGAAGCCGCUCGCACGGCCAUCAUCAUCGCCAGGGAAGACCAGUGUGCUGGAAAUUACCGCAAUGCUCACGACGUCCUGUUCAGCAUGUACACGGAGCUCCAGGCCCAGAAGAUCAGGAUUCCUGCUGAGAUGAACAACAACCUGAUGAUCCUGCAUUCCUAUCUGCUGGUGAAGAUCCACGUGAAGAGGGGAGACCACCUCAAAGGCGCCCGCAUGCUCAUCCGUGUCAGCAACAACAUCAGCAAGUUUCCUGCCCAUGUUGUUCCCAUCUUGACGUCAGCAGUCAUCGAGUGUCACCGAGCUGGACUGAAGAAUUCAGCCUUCAGCUUCGCAGCCAUGAUAAUGAGGCCGGAGUACAGGAACAACAUUGACCCCAAGUACAGGAAGAAGAUCGAGGCCAUAGUCAGACGGCCAGAUAAUUCGGAGCUGGAGGAGGAAAGCACCCCGUGUCCCUUCUGUGGUUUCCAGCUGCCCCAGAAUGAGCUGCUGUGCAUCUCCUGCAAGAACAACCUGCCCUACUGCAUCGCCACGGGCCGUCACAUGCUGAAGGAAGACUGGUGUGUGUGUCCACACUGCGAGUUCCCGGCCCUCUACUCCCAGUUCAUCCUGCUGCUGGAGGCGGAGCCCACCUGUCCUAUGUGCUCCGAAACUGUGAGGGUCAACGACCUGAAGAAGAUCUCCGACUGCUCCAAAUACCUGCAGACCGACCUCCAGGACCAAUGAAGGGAUGCGCUGACGAUUCUCAGCAACUGUAGCUACUUGUGUAGUACUUUUGCAAUAAAGCUCUUAAAUGUUUAUCACACAA